GCAGGAGCAGUCGGCGCAGUUGGACCCCUCCCUGGCGCCGCCGCAGCCGCCGCCGCAGCAGCCCCGCCGCGGCCCGGAGGGGGGCUCCAGCGGCUCGGCAGGGCCGCAGGGGCCGGGUGCUGCAGCGGCGGAGGGCGGCGGAGGAGCAGUAGCUGCAGGGGACGGCGCCGUGGGUCCGCGGCUGCAUGGCGCGGCUGCGGUGGCGGAGGGGCAACAGGGCGGGGAUGGGGGUGAUGUAGGACCGAGAGUUGCUGCGGACGCGGCGAUGAUGGGCGCACACGCAGUUGCUUAUAUACACUGUCCUGCGAAUGCUGCUGCAGUCCAGGGCCGUACUGGUGCCGUAACGGUGGUGUGCGGCCAGGGCUCCGGCGGCGUUCAUCCCGUAGGUCAUGCCAGCGGCUCCAGAGAUGCAGCGGGGACCACGCCCGUGCGCCCUACGAAGCAGCAGCGCCUAGGUGCCUCACCCCCAGGACACCGCCCCGUCGGAGGAGGUGCCACUGCUGCGGUGACCGGAGAUCAUGUAGGAGGUCAGGCGGCGGCGGCCGACGGACAGCCGUUGGAGCAGCGGGGAACGCCACCGAGGGGGCCCGGUGGGGCGGGCAACUCGGGGAUGUAUGAUCGACAACAGCCGGGUGCUCAGCAACAGGGCGGGAUGCAGGGGCGCCAGCAGCAUCCGCAAUGGGCGCAGCAGCAGCAGCAAGGAUGGCAAGGGCAGCAGGGAUUGCAACAGCAGCAUCAACAGCAACAAGGCAUGCCGCCACAGCAGUGGGCACAACAGCAGCCGCAACCGCCGGCGCAGCAGCAUCAUUGGACUGGGGAGCAGGCGCGCAUGCAGCAGCCGUACGGUGGGGUUUCGGAACAUCCGCUAGGCCAAGCCCAAGCACCGGAACCGCGGCGACAGCAUUGGGCCGAUCCCAGUGCCGUCGCGCCAGGGGAGCCUUCUGGGGAUGCUGCGUCUGGAGCAACUAAGAGACCGGGUCCGGCCAUUGGAGAGCAUGGCGAGCAUGCUGGACACGAUGCCAAACGUGCGAGGGUGGAGCCAGAUGGCCAGGUUGCAUUGCCUGGUCACGCUCAGCAGCAGCAACAACAGCAGCAGUGCAACCCGCCGCAAGCGCAAGGGCAUCCCGGGCACGAGCCACCUCGCAGCAACCACCACCAGCAGUACGACCCGCAGCCGCAUCAACAGGAGCAUCUGCAGCACUCUGCUCACCACCCUCCGCGCAACCACAUGCAGCAAGCCGCCCACCCGCAAGGUCAGCUGCGGCAACAGGGAUCAGCGCCAGGCUUUCAGCCACCCGUUCACCAGCAGCAGCCCUAUGCUGCACAGGGCAGCUCCGGCCCCAUGCUCCUGCCGCAUCAGGGGCAGCAGCCCGGUCCCCAGCAGCAGCAGCAACAGCAGCAGUGGCCCCAGCAGCAGCAACAAGGCGGCCAACAACAGCCUCCGCUGCAGCCACAACAUCCGCAGGUGCAGUCUUGGCCUUCCGGCCCUCCCCAGCCUCCCCCACACCAACAGUACCCGCAGCCACAGCCGCACCUGCAGGCACAUCAGCAGCCGCAAGGUCCCCAGGUGGAUGGACGGGUGGCGGGGGCUGGAAUGUCGCCUCCAAGAUACCAUGCGCAAGGCGGAUACCAUGCAGCACCGCACCAGCGGCACCCGCAUGCAGCUCCGGCGGCGCUGAAUCCCGGUCCUUCGCAUAAUGGUUGGCCGCCUCCAAACCAGCAGCAAUCCCGACCAAUGUCGCCACUCGUGCAUAGGCAGCCGCCGCACGCAGCUUCACACGCAGGAGCCCGACCCAUGGGUCACCAGGAGGGAGGCCCAUAUGCGGAUUGGCGGCCGCCGCCGUCCUCUAAUGCCCACGCGCCGCAGCAGCCAUACCAACAACCACAGCAACAGCGCCAAGAACCGCAACCUCCCCUUGCCUCCUGGGGAGCAGCCUCAGGACCGGGGCGGCCAGGCCAAGCACCGUCCACAGCCCCGCUCCUACCUCUACCAGGCGCCACCGCAGUGGACGAGCAGCAGCUGCCGCUGCUGAGGUCACCGGGCUUCACCCUCCUCAAAACCGCUGCCGAGGUGGCAGCAGCCUGCGAGCAACUCAAGCGAGCAGGCCUCUGGGGCUUCAUGCUCGACUUUGCCGACGCAGCGCUUACGCCCGUGUCCGUCAAUCCCGGGCUGCAGCUGCCCGGUGUGCCGCAAGUUGCGUUGGGCCGAGGCCUGCAGCUCAACAGUAUCGGGCUGCCGCUGCACUUUGACAUGGAGGCCGAAGCCGCUGCCGUUGCAGAUGCCACCGGCGGGGAGGCCAGCGGGACGACCGGCUGCAACACCAGCAGCAGCAGCGGUAGGCUGGAGGGCAUCGCGCUGUGCGCAUUCGACGGCUGCGCGCUGUACGUGCCGCUGAUGGCUACCACAGAG